CUUGGGGAAUAAUCGCCGUGAAAAAAAUUUUUUUUUUCUUUCCGCGAAAUUCCGGAGUCUGGCCAGGUAUAAAAGGCUUGCUUUCAGGCCUGGCCACGACCAAAUGACUGGAGGGAUUUGGAAAUAUCUCCUUUCCCCUUCCUUGUCUAGCCAACCUUUCUUUAUCCCAAAAGAGGACCGCCGAAAGAACCGCCCUGCGCCAUGGCCGAGAACAAGCUUCACAUUUCCUACAACCAGAUCCACCAGCUGAUCGAAGGUGCGGUCAAGACCUACAACAUGGUCGAGGGCUUCAACCCUGAUCUGUGCAUCGCCAUUGGAGGCGGUGGCUUCAUCCCGGCGCGCAUUCUGCGGUCGUUCCUGAAGGCCUCCACAGGCAAGAACAUCCCGAUCCAGGCCAUCGGCCUGUCGCUGUAUGAGGAGCUGCCGAACGCAGGCAAGGACGGUGUCCCGGAGAUCCCUGGCGUGCAGGUCACCAAGACGCAGUGGCUCAACUUUGGUGGAUCCGAGUCUCUGACCAAUCUGCUGGGCCGCCGCAUCCUUAUUGUCGAUGAGGUCGAUGAUUCGCGCAAGACCCUAGUCUACGCCGUCCAGGAGCUCCUCAAGGAUAUCCGCUGCCAGGAGAUCAAGAAGGGCUUGGAGCCAGGAUCGUCCAACACCGAGCUCGGCGUGUUUGUCGUGUACAACAAGGACAAGCCCAAGGCCGAGGAGCUGCCUGAGGAGGUCAUGAAGAACUACUUCCCGGCUGCCACCACUCCCGAUCGCUGGCUGUUCUUCCCAUGGGACUGCACCACCGAUAUCGAGGAGCACUCGAAGCGCGCUAACGAGCAGCAGCUCAAGUAAAUUUUUAAUGUACUUUCAAUGCAAACAUCAGCAUCAAAGCAAUAUGUGAAGCAAAAAGGAUGAUCGGGUGGAGCUAAGCCGGAUUCCAUUUUCGCUACCUGUG